AUGGCGUCGAUUCUCUCGAAUACGCAGAAGAAGAAAGCGAAUUACACCUUGAAAGAGCUCAAGUCAUUGGGCUGUGACCUACUCUCUUCUCGAGCUCACAUCAACAACCUUCCUCUCCUUCUCUCUUUCAUCUCCCCUGAAUCUCCGCCGCAGUUCGUGGUGGAAUCCCUCCUCUCUCUCCAGUCCUUUUUCACUCCUCUUCUCUCUCAGCUUCCUUCGACUUCCUCACAUCCUACUUCAACGAAACGCCCUCGUUCAGAAGACGACGGAGAUGACUCGGCGACAACAGCUGUAGCUGAUGACCCUGAAGUUAUCUUCAAAGCUUGGCUGAGAUCAAAAUUUGACGAGUUCGUGAAGCUUCUAAUCGACGUUCUCGUCUCUGACCAGUCUGAAGAUACUCUAAGGGAUAUUGUUUUGGGGACAUUAAUGGAGUUUGUGAAGCUUUUGAAUGUGGGAAGAUUUCACUCUUCCAUCUACCACAGAGUACUUGAUGCUAUUAUUCACUCUGCAGUUGAUGUUGAGAUAUUCUUGGAUAUACUUUCCUCAAAGUAUUUCAAGUAUAUUGAUGUCCGCUAUUUUACAUACAUCAGCAUGGAAAAGUUUGUGAAAACACUUGAAGCAUCGGUCGUGUCUGGUGAUGGAACCGUCACAGAAACUAAUGAGGCAGAGACUGAUUUGAAAGAAAGCCUUGAACUCUCUGUUCGCAAGAUUUAUCAACUUUUGUCUCGAAUUCCACCUCCCGAAAAACAAGCUGAGAAGUCUCAGCACGAGAUGUGGAGUGGGUCAGAUGGAAGUGUUAAUGAAAAACCUACGGAUAAAAAGAAAAAGAAGAAGGAAGAAGACAGCAGUCUUCUUUCUCCGACUACAAUUGCCAAGCGGAUGAAGUUGAAGUUCACUAAAGCAUGGAUUUCAUUUCUCAGACUGCCACUUCCCCUUGACGUUUACAAGGAGGUUCUUGCUAGUAUUGACAAGACAGUUAUUCCCCAUCUAUCUAAUCCUGCAAUGCUAUGCGACUUCCUAACAAAAUCAUAUGAUAUCGGGGGAGUUGUCAGUGUGAUGGCGCUGAGCAGCCUCUACAUCCUCAUGACCGAACAUGGUUUGGAAUAUCCCAACUUUUAUAUAAAACUCUAUGCGUUGCUGGUUCCUUCCAUCUUUGUGGCAAAGCACCGAUCAAGAUUUCUUCAGCUUCUUGAUGCUUGCCUGAAGUCAUCAUUGCUUCCAGGAUACCUAGCUGCUUCAUUCACGAAGAAACUAAGCAGACUGUCACUUUCCAUUCCUCCCUCGGGAUCUUUGGUCAUAACGGCUUUGAUCUACAACCUUUUGCGAAGACAUCCUUCAAUUAACCAUCUUGUGCACCUCGAAAUUGAUGAAGACAAUGAGAGCCUACCAAAGAAGAAAAAGCUUGGUAUUGACCGCUUCAAGAACCUGGAAACUGACCCCAAGAUAUCUGGUGCCAUGAGAAGUUCCCUUUGGGAGAUUGACACUCUGCGUCACCAUUACUGCCCACCAGUUUCAAGGUUUGUUUCAUCGCUGGAAACUGAUCUAACCAAAAGAGCGAAAACCACUGAAAUGAAAAUUGAAGAUUUCAGCUCUGGUUCAUAUGCCACCAUAUUCGGUGAUGAGAUUCGGAGAAGGGUAAAACAAGUUCCAUUGGCGUUCUACAAAGCGGUUCCAACAUCUCUGUUUGCGGAUUCAGAUUUUCCUAGUUGGACAUUCACCAUUCCUCAAGAGGACGGCAAAUGCUAG